AUGUCCGAACAAUGGGUCUCGACUGGAAAACGAUUCUGCGAAAUUUGUAAGGUACGUGACCACUUUGAACAGUAAAAAUGGAGUGAAAAUAUUUUUUCUACAAAAAAAAUAUUUCGCAAGUUUUUCAGCACUUUAAUAGCUUGAUUAGCAUAAUUUUGAGUUGUUUAUAGUGCUCCAAAAGUGUGUGAGUAUACAAAAACUAUAAACAACAUUUCAAAAGAUCAAUUUUUUUAUUCCAGGUGUGGUUCGGCAACAACAAGGCCUCGCAGGACCAUCAUGAGCGUGGGGAGCGUCACAAAGCGAUGCUGCAGCAGCGGAUCCGCGAAACGAUGCAAAAGGGCAAGAAACAAGAGGCGGCCGACCUGAAACUCAACGGAACUCUCGCCAAAAUGGGCGCGGCGGCGGCGGCCUCGAUGGCCCGGCACGGCGAGGGAAUAGUGGCGGGACCGGCGGUUCCGAGCACCGGACUCCGCAUGAACAUCUUCGAUCCGAGCAAGCACCGCGACCUCGGCUCCAUGGCCAGAGAAAUGGCGGCGCGAAGGGAGGCGGGCGUCCAGAAACGGACGGCCGCCGCGCCCGCCGGAGCACCCGAUCUCAAAGUCAGCAAGGACGAUGUCGUGUCCGCCUAUCGAGAUUGUAAGUGGAAUUGCACAAAAUUUGGGAAAAAACAGUCUGAAACUCUCGAACAAUGACGGAAAAAUGUGUCAAACUCUCGACAAACCGUCGGCUAUCGACAUUGUGAAAGAACUUUCAAGUUUAUCGAACAAUUCGGUAAAGAAACAGACAGAAAUUGCCAAGAAAACACACUUUCCGCGCGUUUUUGAAUUAAAAAUGUGGUUUUCCAAGUUUUUGGGUAAAAUUGAAGCUUUCAUAGAAAACAAUAGCCUUACGAAUGUUCGUGUGACUGAUUCCUACAGAAUGAUAUCGGAAAAGUAGUGAAAAUGUGUACCUGACAUAAAUGGCAAUGUAUAGCGACUAGAAUUCUGAGCAAAAGUUCAUACAAAAUCAGUUUUCACUUCUCAGCGCCUCAUUUUUUUCAGUGACGAACCCGAAUGCGGCUGGCCCCGCCCUCCCGGAGCACUUGGCCGUUGGCUACAUGCCCGAGCAACAAGUGCAAUGCGCCGAGAUCCAGUGGGUCCGCGCCAAGAACCCCGAAGGACCCGGUCACUACUUCUACAAUCUGUUCGACAAUAGCACACGAUGGGACGCGCCGGCGCACUUCUACACCGAACAACAGUACGCGCAAAAGUGCGAGGAAUUUGAGAAGAAUCGCAAAAAGAACUACUACGGACUGGAUGAGGUGAUGGCGGUGCGCGGCGGAAAAAAAGACGUGGAGCGGUACAUUCGAGAGCAAUUGGCCGAGAAUGGGCUCGCGGAGCAAGUGGACGCCAACCGCAAAGAGCUGAACUACACGGAUCGGCCACGGAAAGGCCAGAAAUUGACAAAAGCCGAGAAAAAAGAGGCGUGGGAGCAGCGGAAGCGGGAGAAAGAGGAACGGAGACGAAAGUGGGAGCUGGAGAAGGAGAAGGAGCCGGAGCCAGAAGAAGAAGAAGAAGAAGAAGACUCGGAUGAUAAUUCUGGAGAUGAUGAUGACGAUGAUGAUGACGAUGUCAGCGAUGAGGAGGCUUUCGAGAUUAUUGGUGAGUUCCGAGUGCAAGUGGUUCAAAAGACAAGGGCCGUCCCCGAUUCCAGACUAUUAUCGUCUUUUUCAGGAACUCCGGAACGUGAGGCGAUGCUCGAGGAGGACGAGGACGAAAUGCUCGUGGCCCCGCCCCCUCCACCGUCCCCACCACCUCCACAACCGUCUUCCAAAUCGGAAUUCGAAUUCGCGAAGCCAUUGCCGUCGUCUGCACUUCCGAGUGCUCCGUACGGUUCGUGGGUGCGAAUAACGAAAGAGGAAAAGUCGGAAAUUCCGUUUGAAUCGCCGCUGACCGCCCGUUAUCGAGAAGAAGAGGAGGAGAAGAAAAAGGAGGAGGAGAAGCGGAAUGCGGCCGAGGAAAGCACCGUCCGAGUGGAGUUUGGAGAGAAAACCGCCGCCGUGAUGACCAAAAAGGUGAGGAGCAUUGUUUUGAAAGUGAAGCCUAAUUUUGCACUCUGCUUCAGGUGAAAGGACCGAUCGAGUUCAAGAAAAAGACUGGAAAUCGCAAUAUUCGCAAAAGAGAGGAAUAA